UCUGUGAAAGAGAAUCUUUAAUUUUUCUAGGAUUUUGUAAUGAUGAAGAAUACAACUGCUCCUUUACCAAAUCAGCUGCUUUGGAUCCAUUUCUUGAUCUUUUUUUUUAAACAGUUUUCCCAGUGCAAGGACAGAAUUAAAAGCCUGGAGAAGGUGUUUACAGACCCGGAUCGAGAAAACAGAGUACGAGCGUUGCCUGGGAAGGACCCCCCCAUACAAGAGCUCUUCAAAAAGAUAGAGGAGUUGGAAAUUCAUCUGACUCGGAAAGAGGAAAGACUGCUGGAAAAGGAAUUUAUUUAUGAGCAAGUUUCCCGAAUGACGGAGAAAAUCAGCGUCAAGGCAGAAAACGGCAAGGAGGAGACAUUAAUCCUGGCUAAAAAGAUGAACCAUCUGCAGGAGAAAAUAAAGACCACCACCCAGAAGAUCAUGGCUCUCAUUGCGGAGCUGUCCAUGCAUCAGGCCUUCGCCAUUAAGCUGCAGCAGGAGAUGCGGGACAAAGAGCAGCUCAUCCUGUGCGUCGUCUCCCGACUGGCGAAAGGGCUUCCUCCCCCCAAAGAGAUCGAACAGGACUGGCUCCGGGUGCUGCGAGAUGAAAAAAUGCAUGAGCUGGCAAGCGAAGCCCGAGAAAGACAGACCAUGGAAGAAGAACAGGCUGCCCUGCCAACGGCCAUCCACACUACGGCGGAGCAGCGUCCCAACGCCUACAUUCCCGAUGACGAAAAUGUUCUCCCGCUACCGAGGCCUUACGGAGCACUGGCGCCGUUCAAACCGAGCGAGCCCAGUGCCAACAUGAGGCACAUCAGGAAGCCAAUUGUGAGACCGAUAGAAAUCUGAGGGGCACAAGGUCUGUUGAAGUUCUCACUCCGAGAAAUGGUCUAUUUUUCAUUCGAUUAAAAGAAGUUCCCGGGAUGCUAAGGGGCGGGCGUAAAAAUGUAUGGCUUAGUAGCUUGAGGAAUGAUUUUGCCUUCUUGAAACUUUCGGAAAUUCGUAAUGAAAUAAAUGUUGGGGAAUAUAUAUAUAUCUAUAUAUCUGAAAAUGCUUGCAGUUUAUUAAGGGUGUGGCAAAUACCGUCAUCAUUACUACGCAUUUCUGCAUUUGGAAUGAAAACAUUUAGCACAAUAUUUGGAAGCCUUAGCUAUCGUAAAGUCAUCCUAACUGCGUUAUGAUUUCAACCUUCCAUUCUGUGGUGACCCGGGGCAUGGCACAGAGGUAACACAGGCAGCUGGCAGGUCAAACCGCCCCUUUAUUGCUCCAAAUUUCCCCAAGUGCUCCCACGUUUCUGGCAAG